UUUUUUUUUGGUCUUUUUCCUUUGUUCAGCUUCAAUGUGUUCCGGAGUGGGGACGGGGUGGCUGAACCUCGCAGGUGGCAGAGAGGCUCCCCUGGGGCUGUGGGGCUCUGCGUGGAUCCAAUGGGGCCGCUGGUGACCUGGGUGGUCCCCCUCCUCCUCCUCUUCCUGCGAUCCAGGCAGGGUGCUGCCUGCAGAACCAGUGAGUGCUGUUUUCAGGACCCACCAUAUUCGGAUGCAGACUCAGGCUCAGCCUCGGGCCCUAGGGACCUGAGCUGCUAUCGGAUAUCCAGCGCUGGUUACGAGUGCUCCUGGCAGUAUGAGGGUCCCACAGCUGGGGUCAGCCACUUCCUGCGGUGCUGCCUUAGCUCUGGGCGCUGUUGCUACUUCGCCACAGGCUCAGCCACCAGGCUGCAGUUCUCCGACCAGGCCGGGGUGUCUGUGCUGCACACCGUCACGCUCUGGGUGGAAUCCUGGGCCAGGAACCGGACAGAGAAAUCUCCUGAGGUGACCCUGCAGCUCUACAAGUCAGUUAAAUAUAAGCCUCCUCUGGGAGACAUCAAGGUGUCCAAGUUGGCUGGGCAGCUGCGUAUGGAGUGGGAGACCCCGGAUAACCAGGUUGGUGCUGAGGUGCAGUUCCGGCACCGGACGCCCAGCAGCUCAUGGAAGUUGGGCGACUGCGGACCUCAGGAUGAUGAUACUGAGUCCUGCCUCUGUCCCCUGGAGAUGAAUGUGGCCCAGGAAUUUCAGCUCCGACGACGGCGGCUGGGGAGCCAGGGGAGUUCCUGGAGCAAGUGGAGCAGCCCUGUGUGUGUUCCCCCUGAAAAUCCCCCACAGCCUCAGGUGAGAUUCUCAGUGGAGCAGCUGGGCCGGGAUGGGAGGAGGCGGCUGACCCUGAAAGAGCAGCCAACCCAGCUGGAGCUUCCAGAAGGCUGUCAAGGGCCGGCGCCUGGAGCGGAGGUCACCUACCAACUGCAGCUCCACAUGCUGUCCUGCCCGUGUAAGGCCAAGGCCACCAGGACCCUGCCCCUGGAGAAAAUGCCCUAUCUCUCGGGUGCUGCCUACAAUGUGGCUGUCAUCUCCUCGAACCGAUUUGGUCCUGGCCCAAACCAGACGUGGCACAUUCCUGCUGACACCCACACAGAACCAGUGGCUCUGAAUAUCAGUGUCGGAACCAACGGAACCACUAUGUAUUGGCCAGCCCGGGCUCAGAGCACGACGUACUGCAUUGAAUGGCAGCCCGUGGGCCAGGAAGGAAGCCUUGCCACCUGCAACCUGACUGCGCCGCAAGACCCGGAUCCGGCUGGAAUGGCAACCUACAGCUGGAGUCGAGAGUCUGGGGCAAUGGGGCAGGAAAAGUGUUACCACAUUACUAUCUUUGCCUCUGCGCACCCAAAGAAGCUCACCUUGUGGUCUACGGUCCUGUCCACCUACCACUUUGGGGGCAAUGCCUCAGCAGCUGGGACACCGCACCACGUCUCGGUGAAGAAUCAUAGCUUGGACUCAGUGUCCGUGGACUGGGCACCAUCCCUGCUGAGCACCUGUCCCGGCGUCCUAAAGGAGUAUGUUGUCCGCUGCCGAGAUGAAGACAGCAACCAGGUGUCAGAGCAUCCUGUGCAGCCCACAGAGACCCAAGUAACCCUCAGUGACCUGCGGGCUGGUGUAGCCUACACAGUGCAGGUGCGAGCAGACACGGCGUGGCUGAGGGGUGCCUGGAGCCAGCCCCAGCGCUUCAGCAUCAAAGUGCAGGUUUCUGAUUGGUUCAUCUUCUUCGCCUCCCUGGGGAGCUUCCUGAGCAUCCUUCUCGUGGGCGUCCUUGGCUACCUUGGCCUGAACAGGGCCACACGGCACCUGUGCCCGCCGCUGCCCACACCCUGUGCCAGCUCCGCCAUUCAGUUCCCUGCAGGGAAGGAGACUUGGCAGUGGAUCAACCCAGUGGACUUCCAGGAAGAGGCAUCCCUGCAGGAGGCCCUGGUGGUGGAGAUGUCCUGGGACAAAGGCGAGAGGACUGAGCUUCUUGAGAAGGCAGAGCUACCUGAGGGUGCCCCUGAGCUGGCCCUGGAUACACAGCUGUCCUUGGAGGAUGGAGACAGGUGCAAGGCCAAGGUCCUGAGGCCCAGUGGGCCAGACGGUCAGGGGUGCAACCCUGCCCGGGGGUGAGGGGCUAGAUGUCCAUCCCUCCUGGAAGAUCAAGGCCUGGAGGCUUGAAGGAGAAACGGGAACAUCCACUUUGUCUUACAGACAGGAAGAGCGACUAUCUCAAUCACAACGGCUGGUUAUUAAGCACUUAUGGCAUACCCAGCCCAUUCCAUCCACUCACAUGAUUCCCUACCAAAUUCCCACAACCACCCCCUGAAAGGAACCAUAACUGUUGUAUUUUACAGAUGUGAUCACUGAGGCUCAGAGAGGGUGAGUGACUCGCCUGAGGCUACGCAGCACACACAGGAGUCAAAUUUGGACCCAGAUAACCCAGAGCUCCUCCAGGCUCUAGUGCACCUGCCUCCUGUCUGCCCGGCACCUGUUGCCACGCAUCCUGUGGGGGAACCCUAGAUGCUGCCAUGAAAUAGAAGCUGCUGCACCCUGCUGGGCCUGGCAUCCGUGGAGCAGGAGCAGACCCUGCCAUUGACCUGUUCUGGAGUAGAAUAGACUGGGAAUGGGGGCAAAGGGGACUCAGAUGGAUCCCCGGACCCUGGGCUGGGCAUCCACCCCCAGGAGCACUGGAUGGGGAGUCUGGACUCAAGGGCUCCCUGCAGCAUUGUGGGGUCUUGUAGCUCGGAGGAUCCAGGCAUAUGGGGGAAGGGGACUGUAAACAUUGUGGAAAAAAUGAUGGUCCUCCGAUCCCAUCCCCACCCCCCUAUAAAAUGGGGGUGAUGACAAUGACCUUACACAGCUGUUCAAAAUCAUCGUAAAUGAGCCUCCUAUUGGGUAUUUUUUCCCGUUUGAAGCUUGAAUGUCCUCAGAAUCUCAAAACACGAGCCUUUGAGUUCAUUCAUUCA